CCUUGAGUGGUCCACGGUUUGAUGUCAAGGCAGGCGGGGAGAGCCGGCUACUAGGUGGCUGAGGGUUCAGGGCGCACACAGGAGAGAUUUACAAAUAGUGUUUGAGCAGCAUGGAGCUUUUAGGUUCUGCUUUACCGGGCACUUAUGCCCACACUCAACCAGCACCAAUCAGCUAUCUACCAGCCAUUGGUGUCAUGGCAUCAAGCUAUCGGGACCGCUUUCCCCAUCGCAAUUUGGCACACAGCUUGAGCCUUCCAUGGAGACCAAACACAUACUAUAAAACGGCUUCCAACUACCCAAACUUGGCCCCAUUGACCACAAAAUCCCAUCAAAUGUGUGAUAGCACAAUGCUCCCCUUCGUGUCCAACAGAACCACCCUCUUCACAAGAUACACUCCUGAAGAUUGGUACCGGUCCACCUUGGUGAGCUUUCAAGAGUCUGCUACUGCACGGCACAAUUCAGAAAGACUCAGAGUGGACACCUCCCGUCUCAUUCAAGACAAAUACCGACUUAUCCGGAAGACCCAGGCCGACUGUAACCGAAAGUUAGGAGAGCGUGUCAACGACCUAAUGUUUUGGAAAUCUGAAAUCACACAUGAGUUGGAUGAAAUGAUUGGAGAGACGAAUGAACUUACUGAUGUCAAGAGAAGGCUGGAGAGGGCUUUGAAGGAGCUGGAAGCUCCUCUGCAGGUUUCCCAAGAGUGUCUCUUUCAUCGUGAGAAGAGAAUGGGAGUUGACCUAGCUCAUGAUGAAGUUGAAAAAGAACUACUGACGGAAGUUGAUACCAUUCUGUGCUGUCAAGAAAGGAUGAGGAGACAUCUGGACAAGACGAUUGCCCAACUUGCCUCAAACAGAGCUGUACAGCACGAGCUUGAGAAGGAUCUCAAUGACAAACAGUGUGCCCUCCGGAUUGAUGGUAAAUGCAAGUACCUGCAAAACACUUCUGAGGGCAUCAGCUACUUCCGGGGAGCGGAAAACGUGGAUGCAACGAUAUCAGUGCCCGAAUCAUGGGCCAAGUUUACAGACGACAAUAUUCUCCGCUCCCAGAGUGAGAGGGCAGCUUCUGCUCAGCUGAGAGAGGACACUGAAAACCUUCUGGUUGUGAUAGCCAAUGAGAUGUGGAACCAGUUCAACAAAGUGAACUUGGCCUUCACCAAUCGCAUCACUGAGACUAUAGAUACCAAGAAUAAAAUCCAUGUUCACUUAUCAAAGAUCCUGCAGGAGAUCUUCCAGACUGAAAUGUCCAUACUAUCCAUCAGAAAGGCCAUCAAGGAAAAGUCUGCCUUCCUAAAGGUGGCUCACACCCGGCUGGAUGAGCGAACAAGGAGACCGAACAUAGAGCUGUGCAGGGACAUGGCUCAGUUACGCCUUGUUAACGAGGUGUACGAGGUGGACGACACCAUCCAGACUCUGCAGCAGCGCCUGAGGGAUUCGGAGGACACCAUGCAGGCCUUGGUCCAUACCAAAGCCACCCUGGAGCACGAGUUGGCUGUGAAAGCCAACACCCUGUACAUCGACCAGGAAAAAUGCAUGACCAUGCGCAAUAGCUACCCCAGCACCCUCCGGCUGGUUGGCUUCUGUUAGGGACCCCCGGGAGAGUGGUUUACAAACUCCUAAGAGAUGGUAGGAAGAGAGCACUACCUCAGCAUCUAAAUUAGUG